UAGGCACUCGUAGUUUUCCAAACAUACCACCGCAGGAGCGGCCGAGUUGUAGGCAUACACAGUUUUAACUGCAUUGUUGUAGUUAUCUGUUCUGCAUUGGGACUAAUUCUCGACUGAAAUGCUAUCUUUAGCUGGGAGCGGAUUUUGGAUGUCCUGAUUGGGAUAAUCGGUUAUUGGAAUGUAACCCUCCGAUUCUGUCUGUGUGUGUCUAUUUGCUGAGGAUUUCCUUCUCGCUUGGCGACACAUCUUUCCUGCUGAUCCCUAGUCUCGGAUAUCCCAGACUUUAGAGCAACCCAUCUGCCUAGAGAGACAAGCAGAACCCCUGCUCCAGUGGGCAGAGAAAACCGAUUAUUCGCACACUGCGCUUACAUCUGGACACACUCGGGAGAUUUUAAGCGAAAGGGGACUAAGUGUUUUUGCCGCCUAUAUAAUGCCGAGACAGUUGCGAUUUCGGAAAAGGUCAUUCCUUGGGUUUAUAUUCAUCUUCUCACUGUCCACCUCCGCAUUGUACUUCCUCUAUUCUGCGCCUGGUGUCGUAAAUGAGUACCUGUUUAUGGUGCAGGCCACAGGGAUCCACUUCAAGGAGAACGUGAAGAACAUCGGUACUCAGGUUCUAGAGCAGGUGGUCAGAGGGGGCUACAACGUCAAUGGAACAGAUUAUGCCUAUGACUUCAACAUGAGUGAGAAUGAUGUGCCGCCCACCACAUAUCUCCCGGAGGGCUUCACCUAUCUGCCCUCACAGAUAUGCCCAGAGAGACUGCCCUCCAUGAAGGGGAGGCUGGAGGUGAAUAUGAGUGAGAUAGCUCUGGAGGACGUGGAGAGGAUUCUCUUGAAUGCUGAGCCUAGCAUGGCCCUGGGAGGCUUCUGGAAGCCCAGGGACUGUGUCCCACGCUGGAAGGUGGCGAUACUGGUCCCAUUCCGGAACCGCUACGAGCACCUGCCCAUCCUGCUCAGACACCUGGUACCUGCACUACAGAAACAGAGGCUUCAAUUUGCCUUCUAUGUUGUAGAGCAGGUGGGUAUUGAGCCCUUCAAUAGGGCCAUGUUGUUUAACGUGGGCUUCCGGGAGGCUAUGAGGGACCUGGACUGGGACUGUGUGGUGUUCCACGACGUAGACCACAUCCUGGAGAACGACAGAAACUACUACGGUUGUGGAGACAUGCCUCGCCACUUCGCUGUCAAACUCAACAAGUACUCCUACAUGCUUCCGUACAAUGAGUUCUUCGGUGGUGUCAGUGGUCUGACAGUGGAACAGUUCACAAAGAUCAACGGCUUUCCCAAUGCAUUCUGGGGCUGGGGUGGAGAGGACGACGACCUUUGGAACAGGGUGCAGUAUGCCAACUACACAGUCAGUCGGCCCCAGGGAGAGUGGGGCCGCUACAUGUCAAUCCCACACCACCACCGUGGAGAGGUGCAGUUCCUGGGCAGGUACACACUUCUACGGCACUCUAAGGAGAGACAGAGUCUGGAUGGGCUCAAUAACCUACAUUACUCCCCCCUAGUGUCCCGGAGGCCUCUCUACACCAACAUAUCAGUCAGCCUGAGCAGAAAGCUAGCCCCUAUAGCGGACUACUGACCAAGAAGGGACAUCAGCCAUAUCUCACCAGUCGCAGCACUGCUUAGGACUGAUUCUGUUUUUUUAAGCAAAAAAGGAGACACGCAGAAGGGUAUUGGAUGAUCAAUCCUUGUGACGUGUGAGAGAAAAAAGGAGAAUGCUGCACUUGUUUUGUGCCGUGGGCCAUCCAUCGCUCCUAUCAUCCGGGCUUCCCGGCGUCUCCACCUGCCUUCCACACCAUUUUGGCCUUUAGCAUUAAUUAUUUCAUUCACUUGUUAAUUCACUCAUGGAGACAAUUGCAACCGUAACCAUGACCACAGCAUGAACACAUUCCCUCCAUAGGACAUCAGAGUGGUGUGGAGGGGACAGUAGUGUAAUUUACGAAUGUGUAUGUGGCUGAGUUAGUUUGUACACACAAAGACACAAACACGCACACAAACGCGCGCACACACAGACAAUUUUAAUUUGUCCCUGCACUGAAUAUUUGUAUUGAUAUAUUAAACCUCACACACACACAGUAGGUCCUCACAGCUGGCUCUGCGUAGGGCAUGAAAAACGUAUGCACUGACCAGAGACAGCACUGCAUAAGAGCUAGAGAAGUGAUGAGAGAGAGCAAGAGAGUAUUUGUGUAUGUUCAGUGUUAUGCACACACUCCGUGUAUGUCUUGAGAAUACAUGAACACACACAUGUGCACACAUACUGUAGACAAAGGUAUAACAUUAACUUGAGACUGACUUGUGUACAGAGUGGCAGGCUGGUAAGGAACCUCCGUAUCAAUACACAGAGCAAACUCACAGGAGACCCACCUUUACCUAAAUUAACACAGCUCAGCCAGUCAGAAAUAAAAAACCUUUGACAUAUGUGUGUGCGUGCGCAUGCCUGUGUGUGUGCAUGCAUGUGCGUGCGUGUGAACAGGAGAGGGAAGGCUAUGCAAAUGUGUGUCAGCAUCCUGUUUUCACUGCUUUGAAGGAUUCUCUUAGGUCAGACAGAUGUUUAGUGAAUCUCUUAAACUGUGAAAGAUGUUAUUGUUGACCUCAUGACACCCUAUUCCCUAUAGCCAGCCCUGUGUGGUCAAAAUAAUGUAGCACACUGUAUAGGGAAUUUGAUAUUUUUUGAGCGACAGUCUAAGAAUAGAGAGCACGAUGGCGAGGCUGUUUUUCUCUCCUCUUUACUCUUCAGUGUUUAUUUAAGUAAUUAUUAGUUUAGGCGACAUAUCAAAUGGCACCCUAUUCCCCAUAUAGGGCAUUACUUUUGACCAGAGACAGAUAUAGUACUAUAUGGGUAUAGAGUAGGGGUAAGCAAUCCUGUUCCUGGAGUACCGCAGGUACUGCAUGAUCUUGUUCCAACUAGGCACCACACCUGACCAGCUCAACUUAUUGAUCAGUUCAGUGUGUUGAGGAAAAACUAGUUACAAGGAUCAGGCAGCGCUCAUUUUCCAGUUUAUAAGAGUUUAUUCAAGCAAUUGCAAGGAAGUUCCCUCUCAGGAUAAAGCCAGAGAGUAACUUGAUUAUUUACAACUCACUCAGUCUUUAUAUACUUAAUCUACACAAAGAGCAAGAACAGGUUAUAACCAGUUCUCACAGCCUAUGUGUCUAAGAUAGGAGAGUGAUAAGAUUUUUAGAUUCUAAACAGAUAGAACAAGAAUUCAGCCUGGCUGGACUUUUAGUGCCCCAAUGAGACAGUAAUAAUAGUAAAAAAAAUUCUAGUCAUAAUAAAUCACUCCUUUGUGCUGUGUGUAAAGAGGUUACUGGACAGAAGGGAAGAUUACCAGUGAAUUGCACUAUUCAACUCAAGCAUUAGACUGUAACAAAACCAUUUUGUCCCAACAAGUGAUUGCCUCAAUUCAACACACCUGGUCUUCCAGGUUGGUUACAGUUUUUCUCGAUUGCUUGAGCACAUUUGUCCAAACAGAAUUCACUUUUUCAAAACAAUUAACACGUUGGCCAAAAUGGCACAUUUAAUUUGCAAAAUGAAUUAAGACUCUCAAAACAUUAAAUAUAUGACACAAAAUCAACUACCUCCAUCAAAACAUAUGACUUGUUAUCUAAUGAAAAGUUAUUUCAAUCAAUCGUUGCACAAUGGCCCAAUAAAUACUAACUCCAACUAUCAAUAUACCCUACCAUGGUUAACCCUCUUUUAUAUGUCUGUGCCAUUUGUUGAUACUAUAAUUAUAUAGUAUGCACUAUAAAAGGCAAGUAAACAUAUUAUCACAGAAUGGGCUGUAUUCUUUUUUCCUAAAAUGAUUUGACCAAAGCUGACUAAUGCAGAAAUGAUGUAAUUUAAGAGCAUUCAUAUUCAGAAACAAAAAGCUUUAUUUGAUAUUUUUCCAUUUUGUCCUUGACAAAUUCAAUGAUGCUGUACAGUAUAUACAGAGAAUGAAAAAUAAAAUACACCAAACUAACAAAUCACUGCAAAAACAAAGCAAUGUCAAAAAAGGCAGCAGAAAUACAGUGUACACCACAUUCAGACCAUUUGUUCUUGUCGAUCAGGACACAUGUUUUCAUCAACAUCACACUGGAUGUUUUCCCUUGCAAUGCAGUGAGGAAAAACAUCUCCUUGCAUAGCGCAUCCACACUUGGCAGUCCUCUGCGGUGAUCGCCAGACAACCAGCAUUCAUUGCAUCUAGGAGGGACAUCUGGUCAUGUGGACUGUAAUCAUAAACUUUCCACCUUCCUCUAUGGGCCCCUCUACCUCUCCUUUGUCCUUGCCCUCGGCCUCUUACUUGGUCCAUUUUUUCAAACAGCAACUCAGAGGUGACCUCUUUUAUGCAUGAAUAAGGACUGAUUGCUCAAAUAAGUUUUGCACACGUGCAGAAGAGGUUCACAUUCAUGGGAGUAAUUUGUAUCAUCUGUGAGCAAAAUGUUUUAAUUUUGUUUGACAUGAUUUACUAAACUGAGAUUUGCGUCUUUUGUAGAGAGUUGUGUUUACUGUUUAAGAAAUGUUUGCUUAGCAUUUGCAUUGUGUGUGAAAGCAAUGAGAAAUGACUUACAGUUUUGCAAAAAAUAAUACUGUUGUGCUCAUUAGGUUAUGAUGGAGAUCAAGUGGACGCCCAGUUUAAUUAAAAGUGUCUUAGCAAUCAAGAAAAACAGUAAAUUUAAAAAAUGGAGUGGCGUACCAGGGUUGCCUGCUCCUGGUAUAGGGUGUCAUUAGAGACAUAGCCUUAAAGAGUCAAUAUCAGAAAAAAAUAAAACGUAUUACAAUGUUAUCUUUCACCAGAGUCUACUGUAUCUAAAGGGACACUGCACUGUAUUCACAGCUGCUUCAUGUAAUGUUAUUCUGACGUUGGUUAGAUGUUGUGAUAACGCUCAGCAGCCCUGUUCUAUCCUACUGGAUUACGAUGGGAUUUGGAGACAUUAAUCUGAUUCUAGAUCUGUACCUAGGGGCUUCUACCUGAAGCAUAGUGCAAGGAUGCCUUGGUUGAUUGGAGUCACUGGGCCAGUUUGACAGGAAGGUGAAGCUAAUUACCUGGCGCCACACAUUAGGUAUUGGUAUAUUAUACCCUUAAUAACUGGUUUAGCCUUAUUUUUUAGCUGAUAGUGGUUAUACUGGCUUUUGUGUGUGGGUGGUAUGCUUCUACGUAACACCUCACACACUAACAUAAACUGAAGGUGCAUUCACCUCACAAAAUAUCUUGAGCAAUUCAAGCACUUCGUCGUCUUCUCAGAUGAGUGUGUGCUUGUGCGCAUUUGUUUGUGUGUGUGUGUGUUUGGCAGUGUUUAUUUGAGUGAUUUGUUAUGUCAUAGUACUGUAGUAAUAUAAAAUGCAGUCCUAUUGUUGUGUCUCUUAAAAGCCCAUUUCCAACACAUUGUUGUGUCCCCUUAGCUGCCAUAUACAGCUACUUCAUUACACACACAUCACCUUGUCCAAACAGUGACUUUCAUGUAUCAUUAGGGAAAAACAUUUAGCGGUUGAAAUAACUGUUCAUUUUCAGUUCCCAUGAUAAUAUGACAGAGGCGGGACCUCCUUUUAUUAAUUCACUAUUUUAUGGAUUACUUCCUGUGAUUGAUUUUGUUGUGGUUGCUAUUGUGAUGAUGAGGAGACUUGUAGGAGGCUUGCUGUGAGACAGGCUGUGUUAGAAGCACUGAAACGUAGUGUUAGUGUGAGACUGUGAGAGUCCAACCUGUGUGGAAAGAUGUUCCAAAGAUGUUCCCUAAACUCUAUGCCCUUAGAUCUGAAAGAAUUGGAUAAGUAUAAACAAAAUGGUAACAGCUCCACCAUGCCUUUUAAUUUGCUAGUUGGAUUGUCUGCCAUAUUGCUUACACCGUUCAAAUCCUGUCAGAUCUACGCAAGUGCAUAGAGAUUAGGGUGGAGGGGUUGAUUUGGGAUUUUACAUGUUUAUUCAUCUGCUGAACAGACACUGUAGAAGGAGGAGACCAUUUUGUGUGACAACCACAGGAAGAGGGAGACGCCUAAUCAGAAAGUGAUUGAUGUCACUUACUCCCACUUAGCACCUUCAAUUUCCUGAUUGAUAAUCAAUGGUGCUGAUCUGCUAGACCUCCGAUUGGGGGAGUCACUAAUUACGUGCUACAUGGAAACCAAUCUGUACUUAAAUAGCUACAGGAAGUAUCCCUCUUAUUGGUUAAUCAAUUCCUAUUUUCAACAUCACCCAACCAGAAGCACGUGUUUACCCAUUGUAGCCAAUUUGGAGGUGCUUAGUGGAGAGUUGUUGACAUUAGCUGCUAAUUUCUAAAGUCUUCCUCCCCGAGUGUGUUUGAUUGAAAUGGUGGAGCCUGUCAAUGCCAGGGGCCAUCCACAAGAGACUGUGGUUGUUUUUGCUUGAAAAGAUUGUUUGUUUUCAAGCACUGAUCUGAGAACUGCUCAGAGUGGCUUAGGCACAGUUUGUAGGCCAGAGUGUUCCAAUACGAGCCCAAAUGUUUACAGUCCUGAUGGAAGAGGAGGAAUAAAACCCAGAAGUGGUACUGACCUGGAGGCCUGGGUUUGAAUCCCCCUGGUGUUAGCUCUAGGUAAACCCCACCCCAGCUCUUGAGGCCUGUAGCCACGGGUUCUCUUCCUUUGCCUUGAACCAGAGUGACUUAGACCUGGGAAACAAAGUGAACAUGCAGUAUUCUCUGGCCUGUCAAUGAAAUUGGUUGGUCUUUACAGUGCUGCAGCCCUCGAGGACUAGGACUGGGGACACCUGGGUUUAGGUUGUUGUUCUUACAGGGGCCUUGGAGGACAAGGUGUGUCCUUGUGCACAAGGUGUGUCCUUGUGCUCCAAGGCCCCUGUCUUGUCAGGCUCCUCUCUGUCCUAGCAGAGCCAUGAUCUGACUGAUCUGAUCCAUUCUGAUCCAUUCUGUGCCAGUCCAAAUGAAGGGCCCAGUGCCGCUCAGCCCUGGUAUGGCUAACCUCAGUUAUUAUUCGGUCUAGAUGUACAUGUAAUAGAUUGGAUAAUCAUGUAGGCGACCUGUCGCAGAGCUAAGCACUGACAGACUGGCAAGCCUUAAAAAUCUAUUUGAUUUAUUUAAGUGUUUUCAAACAAGUUUAAAUGUUUUAUAAGCAAAUCCAUUUAAAUUAAGGAAUAUCAGAUAAAUGCAUAUCAGAUAAAUGUCCAAUCUUAUUGUGUCUUGUGUUUUAGAAAAGAUAAAUAAAAAGGUCUUAAAUCACUAAAGAUGCUACCUUAACGAACAACCUCAUCCAGAUAGAUAAGCACUUUCACAUUAUUAGUUCCUUACUCAUUUUAGAUAAGGAAUAAUGUGAGGGUUAGUCCAUCAGCUUUAGAAGCCAUCAGAUUUCUGGAAUAGUUUGGUAUUACAAAUGCUUUCCCCUUGUCAUGCAGCAGAAGAUAUUGUAUGGAAUCUAAAUAAGUGGGUAAUCUCUGUAGUCUGAAGUGGUACGGUGUAGGGUUAGGGUGUAGCUUAUAGUUGGUAGAGAGCACUACAUCAGCCAAAAACACAACCAACUCCAGAUUCUACACCCCCAAAAGGUGUUUGUAUGAAAGCAAAUUAAAAGAUGAAUAAACGACUAUAUUAUAGUUUAUUUCUCCUUGAAAUAAAGCCAUCUGAAGCCACUUGUAAAACUUGAUGUCAGCCUUAUGUGAAUCUGUUUGUGUAUCUGAUUAUUUUUUUUUAUUUUUUUUACCAUCGUUGUUAUUGUCAAAGUACACCAAUUAAAUGAGCUUCAAACGA